AUGGCGGGCGUGCGCUUCCUCUCACCUCUCCGUCCGCCAUGUGUUUUCUGUGUGGAGCUCAAAUUAACUUUUAUUCCAAAUCACAAACAUACAAUUAUUAAGACACAUUCCGGCUUGCUUCCGUUGUGUCCCACAGGUGUGUUUGGUUUUAAAGAGAGCAUCUCAGUGAAUGAGGUAGAGUUGAUCACUCUUAACUCUGGUCUUACUGAAAUACAGACAGACGAUGACAUAGUGUGGACGUUUGGAAAUGACAGGUCUACCAUAGCUAUAAUCAACAGAGAAAAACAGCUACAGCUAUUCAGAGACAGACUGAAGCUGGACAAACAAACUAGAUCUCUGACCAUCACAAACACCACAACUGAAGAUACUGGAGUUUGUCAACUACACAUCAACUGUAUGAAGAAGAUUUUCUUUCUCACUGUCUAUGCUCGUCUGCCUGUUCCUGUCAUCAGCAGUAACUCUUCACAAUGUUCAUCAUCAUCAUCAUCAUCAUCACAGCAGAAUUGUUCACUGUUGUGUUCAGUGGAGAAUGUGAGUCAUGUGACUCUCUCCUGGUACAAAGGAAACAGUUUAUUGUCCAGCAUCAGUGUGUCUGAUCUCAGCAUCAGUCUCUCUCUACCUCUGGAGGUGGAAUAUCAGGAGAAAAACAGCUACAGCUGUGUGAUCAACAAUCCCAUCAGAAACCAGACCACACAUCUGGACAUCAGCAAACUCUGUCACACAUGUUCAGACUCUGUUCACUGUUGUGGUUCUACUGAAGCUGUGAUCCGAUUGGUCCUCUCUGCUCUGGUGGGCGUGGCUACUGUCAUUAUUCUGGUUUAUGACAUCAGAUCCAGAAGAGCUGAACAAGAUCAAGCACAAAUUCACACAUCAGGUGGCUGAUUUCCACUCUAGAAGAUGAUUUGAGAACAAACAGCAUUGUAUUCUCUCAUUGACGCUUAGAAGAAAAUACUGAUGAUUACCGAAUAUUGCAUUGCUAAUGCUAGCUUAGUUAGAAUAAGAUGC